UCCGCCAACACCACCCUCCGCCAGAGCCUCCUCAAAACCCACGGCGGACUCGACUUCACCGCCUAUGGCUCCGCCAUUCAACACUGCGCUAACCACCGCCUCCUCCGCCAGGGAAAACAGCUCCACGCCCGCCUCUUCAUAUUCUCCGUCACCCCCGACAACUUCCUCUCCUCAAAGCUCAUCACCUUCUACGCCAAAUCCAACCUCCCACGCGAAGCGCGCCGCGUGUUCGACGCAAUUCCCCGGAAGAACACGUUCUCCUUCAACGGCCUUUACGCCACUUGCUGGACCUCCUCCGGCGACGCUGGAAUCUCUCCUGAUAGCUUCACCGUAACCAGCGUCUUGAAGGCGAUUGCUUCGCCGUCUUUUUCGUACUAUAAGCCGGUGAAAGAGGCUCACUGUUUUGUUCUUCGGCGCGGGUUGGAGACCGAUAUUUUCGUUGAGAAUGCGUUGGUUAGGUGUGGUGAGAUUGGGCUUGCGAGGAAGGUGUUUGAUGGAAUGCCUGAGAGAGAUACCGUGUCGUGGAACUCGAUGAUUGUUGGUGGGUAUUCUCAGUGUGGGUUCUAUGAAGAGUGUAAGAGGUUGUACAUGGAGAUGUUGAGUGUAGGGAGUGUUGUGCCGGAUGGGGUUACGAUUAUGAGUGUGAUGCAGGCGUGCGGACAGUCUAAGGAUCUUGUGUUGGGAAUGGAGGUUCACGGUUUUGUGAAUGAGAGUGGGAUUGAGGUGGUUGCCGUGAUUGCGAUGUAUGCGAAAUGUGGGAGUUUGGAUUAUGCUCGAGAGCUGUUUGAGGAAAUGAGUGAGAAGGAUGAUGUUAGUUAUGGGUCAAUUAUUUCAGGGUACAUGGCUUACGGGUUUGUGGUCAAAGCCAGGGAUGUUUUCAGGGGAAUGGAAAACCCUGGAUUGGAUACAUGGAAGGUUCAGAAUAACUGGUUUGAAGGGGCCAUUGAUUUAGUUCGGGAAAUGCAGGGGUCUGGUUUGAAACCAAAUGCUGUCACACUUGCUAGCACUAUUCCUUUGUUUUCGUAUUUCUCAAACCUGCGAGGGGGGAAAGAGGUGCAUGCUUAUGCCAUCAGAAGGUGUUAUGAUCAAAAUAUAUAUGUGGCAACUGCCAUUAUUGAUACCUAUGCGAAGUUAGGGUUUAUUCACGGGGCAAGGCAGGUUUUUGAUCAAGCACGAAGUAGGAGCUUGGUAAUUUGGACAGCUAUUAUUACAGCUUAUGCAGCUCAUGGAGAUGCUAGUUUGGCACUUGGUCUCUAUGCUCAGAUGCUAGAUAGUGGAAUUCAACCUGAUCAGGUGACAUUAACUGCUGUAUUGACAGCUUGUGCUCAUUCGGGACUGGUAGAUGAAGCUUGGAAGAUCUUCAAUACAAUGCAUUCAAAAUAUGGCAUUCAACCCUUGGUGGAACAGUAUGCCUGCAUGGUGGGUGUUCUUAGUCGAGCUGGAAAGCUUUCAGAAGCAGCAAAAUUCAUUUUCGAAAUGCCAAUUGAGCCAAGUGCUAAAGUUUGGGGUGCUUUGCUAAAUGGGGCUUCUGUCUAUGGUGAUGUUGAAACAGGCAAGUUUGCUUGUGAUCAUUUGUUUGAGAUUGAGCCUGAAAGUUCUGGCAAUUACAUAAUUAUGGCAAAUCUGUAUUCAUGUGCUGGGAGAUGGGAAGAAGCUAGUAAAUGACAAGGUUGACAAAAAUAUACAAAAAACAAUACUGGUGAUCAGUAUCGAUUCUCUGAUAUUGGUAAUAGGUAAAUAUCAGUAACAAAUAACACAUGUAAGUCAUCAAUUAUUUAUACGCCAAUUACCAAUGUGAAAGCAGUAUACAAAUGUUGGUGUAUAAAUAACAUAGCUAAAGUAAAAAGGCCAUAAUUUUGCAUAAAAGAAGCUUGCAUAAUAAGAUUAUAAGUGCCAUCCAUGAAUUCGCUGUCCUAGUCUGUCAUGAGAUGACACCAGCAUUUGACUCUGACUCAAGUCAGUGACAACUAGGGAGUACAUAUGAGCUUGAAAAGCAAGCGAGAGAAAGGAUUAUCCCUCAUGCGAACGUGCGAAACUACUAGACAAUGAAUGGUGAGAUCGUUAGUGAAAGAAGGACCAACGAUUAU